UAUUCUGAGCCGCACUGUAAAGGGGGCCGUCCCUGUUCAGUGGAGAUCUGCCGGAGGAAGGCCCAUCUAAAGAUCAUCAGAAGAUAUCACCGAUUCAGACGCUAGUUUGACGGGAGGGUGACACCGGAUCAUAAGGGGACAAGUCAAAGGCUGUCUGUAAAGAGUAGCUCGGCCAAGAUGGAUGUGUUUAUGAAGGGUUUGUCUAAAGCAAAGGAGGGGAUGGCUGUGGCUGCAGAGAAGACCAAGGAAGGAGUUGCAGUGGCAGCCGAAAAGACCAAAGAAGGGGUUAUGUUUGUAGGUAGCAAGGCCAAAGACAGCGUGGGCUCAGUGGCUGAGAAGACCACCGGAGCUGUCGGGAACAUCGUCGCUGCCACUGGUUUGGUAAAGAAGGAUGAGUUCCCGACUGACAUGAACCCUGAGGAGUAUGGGCAGGAGGCCAUGGAAGGCCAGGGAGAGGCAAUGCUGGAGCCAGAAGGGGAGGCAUAUGAUGACUCCCAGCAGGAGAGCCAGGACUACGAUCCGGAAGCAUAAAUGCAGAAGUCCGAAUCACCAUACAACCAGCAGCACAAUAACAUUUCUAACAAUAAAAAGGACAGAUGCUGAAGCUAUUACAAUUAUAUCCCUGUUGCAAAAAAAAAUCCAAGAAAAAA